AUGGUCAACAUCUUUCAACGCCUGGCUCGGCGCGCCCAGAGCCCCAGCAGACCAGACGCCGGCACCGAGGCUACCAGCCCGUCUAUGCGCCGAACCCUUAGCAUCAGCUCUGGCAAACGCAGCCGUCCUCAAGAGGAGCGUUCACCUCGCCAUCUCAUCCUGAUAUCCGACACGCCCGAGUUCGACCCGCAUAUCAGCCAUCGGUUCCAGGCCGAGGGCUUCAACGUGUCAUACCUCCCAUUUCUGGGCAGCGGAGAUGCCGAGAGAGACCGCAAGGCGCUGGAGAAUGCAGUGCACGAGAAGGAAGAUGAGCUGGAGACGGGGGAGCGGUAUGCAAUUGUUGCAUACCACCGUCCGGCCUACCUCCUGCUCGCCGCCCACCAUCUCACCAUCAGCAACACUAACCCUUUCCCGCGGCUCUGCGCCUUGAUUGCGUACUACCCACUUUCCUCGACCGACAAGUUGCCAUUCAAGCAAAAAGAAGACGGCGCACCACUCGCGUGUUCUAACACCGCAUCUAUCUUCAACCCUUCUCCCACGGCCACUUACCUUCCAAUCCAGAUCCACCUACCGGGGCCGCUGGUACAUUCCUGCACGCUGUGGCCGUGGGUCAGCCUCAGCGCAUCUGAGGGCGACCUGACAUACAGGAAACGGCAUCGGUGCCAUGUAUUCGCGUAUCCGGACGCAGAUACCGGGUUUGCAGAGAACUCGGAUGCUGUCCCGGAGUCUCCGGGUGAGCCAUGUGAGGGUGGCGACCAUGCAGAUGAGAUUAGCUCGCAGCUGGCAUGGAGCCGGACGCUGGGGUGUCUGCGGCGUGCGUUUGGGGUUGGGAGCCAUUGGGCCGUGGUGGAUAUUGAGACGGUUUGGGAGGAGUACUGGGAGCGCGUACUGGGCGAGUGGGGGGACCUGAAGCCGAAUGAAUAUCGUGAUUCGGGUGCUGCGGUCGAUAUGUUGUUGGCACCGGUCCUAAAUGGAGAUGACGAAGCACCGAGAUGCGAGACUGGCGCAUCGGUCCAAUGUGUUCCCACCCGCGCUGGAGGUGAGUGUCCUUCUCGUUGUCCUCUCCCCGUAUGUGUCUUAUACAUGCUGAUCUUCGCAGGCUGCACCCCUUCCAGCCUCCAAUCUUUCUUUGCUCACGUCUUUGUCCCCAUCGGCCCUGUCAACCAACACAUCCGUCUUUUGUCGCGAACCGUGGGCCCAGACCGUAUCGUCGACGAGAUUCUGCUGUCGUUCUGUCAUACCGCAGAAAUUCCAUGGCUGUUGCCCGAGGUGUCGCCGACGAACCGCGACGUCAAAGUGGUGGUAGUCGUGAUGGCCCGGUUCUGUGCGGGCCGUAUUGCACAACAGAAACUGUACUGGGACCAAGCAGACGUGCUGGUGCAGGUUGGGUUGCUGGAAGCAGGAUUCGUGCCGCAGGCGAAGGGGUCAGAGUGA